AUGUCAAUACGUUAUGUCAGAUUCAAUAUGAACGAGCUAGUGAAGCGCGCUGCUGAAUCAGUCGGCUUGACGUCUGCACAAUGCGCUCGGGUUGAGAAGUUCCCUGACGGGAUGUUCAACAAGACCUUCCUCUUCACAAUGCACGAUGGUACGCAAGUUGUAGGUAAAGUGCCAAACCCGAACGCGGGGCGAGCUCACUACACGACUGCCAGUGAAGUGGCAACAAUGGAUUUUGCUCGGAAUGAGUUACGCACCCCGGUGCCGAAAGUGUUAGCUUGGAGCUCUAAAGCAGAAGACAACUCGGUUGGCGCCGAAUAUAUUAUAAUGGAGAAGGUCGCCGGUAUCCAGCUCAGUAAAGUUUGGCCCACAAUGGGUAUCAAGGAAAGAUUUGAACUCGUGAAAACAAUUUCCGGAUAUCAAAAAAACUGGAUGUCGACACCUUUCACCCAAUAUGGAAGUCUCUAUUACUCGUCUGACAUGGAAUAUUCCGAUCGAUGUGACCUGGUGACUGAGCAUCAUCGCUUUGCUGUUGGCCCGUCAACAGGCCGCGAAUCUCUCGAUGAUGGUCGGAUAGCAUUGGAUUUUGAUAGAGGUCCUUGGAAGAGUGUAGAGCAGUACAAGUCAGCGAUCGGCCUUCGAGAGAUUGCAUGUGUGCAGAAUAUGGCACGAUUACCUCGAUCACCGUUAUCGCUAUACGGGCCUGGCACGUAUUGCCCUUCUCGUUCUAAAAAGAUAGCGGCUCUCCAGAAUUAUCUUCGUCUCGUGAAAUACCUUAUACCAACAGACCCAUUAAUCACGUCUGCCUUUCUAUGGCACCCUGACCUCCACGCGGAGAACAUCUUUGUGCACCCUGAAAGGCCAGCGGAGGUGUUAGGCAUCAUAGAUUGGCAGUCAACUGAACUGUUGCCGCUCUUUGACCAUGCCCGCCUGCCAUACUUUCUUGAUUACGAUGGUCCUCAAUCGACAGGUAUUGAUCCACCAGCCUUCCCGGUGGAUUUCGACAAACUCGAUCCUGCAAAGAAAGCUGAAGCCCAGGAUUUAUACCUGAAAAUGUCACUCUCGGCAUUGUAUCGCAGGUUCACUUAUAGCCAUAACAUGCCAUUAUUCAAAGCCAUGGAAUUUCGACAGACUGCCAGCUUUGAGAUGCUACUUCUUGCUCAAAAUCUCCUUAUAGACGGGGAGGCAUUAUAUCAAUCUAGAUGCCUUGAUCUUGAAAAGGAGUGGACAGCCCUUCCGGGUGUGCAAGCCUCUGGCAACCCGCCGUUUCCAUUGGUGUUUUCUGCGGAUGAGGCUGCUUCGAUUAAUGAGGAUGCUUCUGGCGCAAUAAGAGGUAUGGAAUUAAUGCGAAGCCUAAGGCAAUCGCUGGGCCAGAUGUGGCCUGACAAAGGUGUUGUACGGCCAGAGCAAUACGACGAAGUUAAAAAGCGUCUCAAGCAAGCAAAGACGGAGCUGAUUGACCAGCUAGCACAUUCUGAAACGGAAAGACUUGCGUGGGAAGAAGCCUGGCCAUUCGAUCGCUAG